AAUGGGGACUUCAUGUGAAAUGGGAUGUUCAAAAAGAAGAUCAUACCAAUCCUAUGCUCAGGUGUCCACAAACAUUUGUCCAUAUCAUGUAUAUUCCUGUUCGUCAUUCCUGCACGGCCAUAGCUGCCAUAAAUAAAAACAUCUAACGGUGGUGUGCGAUGGUAAAAUUAGCUAAGACAUAAAUAACCCUCUUGUGACCCCUGCCAUUGCUGCCUGACACACACACACACACACACACGCACACACACACACACACACACACCUCCACGCAGGCCGAGCUUUACACACAGGGAGUAUGGAUCACGUACUGGAGAUCGAGCGUGUUGAUUUGAAGUGUACAGUGAACAAUGUUGAACACCACACGGCACUGAAUGGUACAGACAGACUGAUUGUGAGGAGAGGUCAACCCUUUACCAUCACCCUUUACUUAAAAGACGGCUCACACUUUCAACCUGGAACCAACAUCAACCUCAUCACCUCUACAGGCCCAGACACCUCUGAACUUGAAGAUACUGCUAUCAAAUUUGGACUCAGUAAAUUUAUAUCCAAAGUCCGCUGGAGCGUGACAGCAACGUUAGCAUCUGAGAACAGUGUAGUGCUCACUGUUGGGUCUCGCCCUGAUGCCCGUAUUGGGCUGUAUCAACUCAGCCUCGAACAGGUCAGCAAGGAAGUACAGAAAGUCAGCUUGGCCCAGUUUGUGCUGCUCUUUAACCCCUGGUGCAAGAGAGAUUCUGUGUAUUUGCCGAGUGAGGCUGAGAGACAGGAGUACGUCCUGUCUCAGGAUGGUCUCAUCUACCGUGGAAAGCCCAAACACAUCACUACACUUCCAUGGACCUUUGGACAGUUUGAGCCUGGUAUUCUGGAUAUCUGUUUGAAAGUGUUGGAUCAAAACCCUAAGCAUUUGGAAAACCCAGGACAGGACUGUUUAGACCGGGCAAGCCCUGUCUAUGUGACCCGAGUCAUCAGUGCCAUGAUGAACAGCAAUGAUGAUGAUGGUGUUCUGGUGGGGAACUGGUCAGGAGAUUAUGAGGAUGGAGUCAAACCCACUGCAUGGACCGACAGUGGUGCUAUUUUACACCAGUGGAACAGACAGAACUGCACAGGAGUGCGAUACGGACAGUGCUGGGUUUUCGCUGCUGUUGCAUGUUCAGUGUCCCGGGCGCUAGGAAUCCCUUGUCGAGUGGUCACUAACUACGAAUCAGCUCAUGACACAAACAGCAACCUGCUCGUUGAGCGAUAUUACAACGAGAUCGAUGAGGAUAUAAGUGACGACUCCAUAUGGAACUUCCAUGUAUGGGUGGAGAGUUGGAUGACACGUCCUGACCUCAGGCUGGGUUAUGAGGGUUGGCAGGCCAGUGAUCCCACGCCACAGGAAACAAGUGAAGGGGUUCACUGCUGUGGUCCAGUUCCUGUAAGAGCAGUGAAGGAAGGCGACCUGAGCGCAAAGUACGACACUCCGUUUGUUUAUGCUGAGGUGAACGCAGAUGUGGUGGAAUACAUCACCCUGAGUGAUAAAGUGAUAAAAGUAGGAGGAUCUGCUACUCACAUUGGCCAGUGCAUCAGCACCAAGGCAGUGGGCACAGAUGACAGAGUAGACAUCACGCACCUCUACAAAUACCCAGAAGGUUCCGAAGAGGAGAGGCAGGUUUUUGAGAAGGCCAACCACAUACACCGGCUAAUCCAGACUGAGGAAGAGCCUGGCCUUCAUGUGAAGAUCAAACUGAGCCCUGAAAUGAUGAUGGGUUCGGACUUCAACGUGUUCGCACAGGUCGUAAACAACACGGACACCCCGAAAAACUGCCGCCUUAUGUUUUAUGCUCAAGCAGUGUCCUAUAACGGUAAACUCGGGGAGACGUGUGGCCUGACAGAGCUCAGUGAGAUUAUCCUGGACCCAACAGAGGAAAGUAGGGGAACACUUUCCCUAAAAUAUUCAGAGUACAAAGAAGUCAUUACUCAAGACAGGAUGAUCAAAUUGGUUGCUCUGCUUAUCGACUUGGACACCAAGGAGUUACAGAGAGCCACGAAGACCAUUGUACUGGAAGGCCCUUCCAUUAUAAUCCUGGUUCUCGGCGAUCCUAAAGUAGGCCAGCCUGUUUUGGUUGAUGUGAUUCUGCAGAAUCCUUUGCCUGAAUCACUGGGAAAUUGUGUCUUCUCUUUACAUGGAGCCAACCUGACGGACGGCGAGGCCAUCACUAAAGACAUUGGAACAGUCGGACCUGAUGAGCUCGCUACCACCCAGCUCGAGUUCAAGCCCACGGCUUCAGGAACACGCAAACUGCUCGUCGUCUUCUCGUCUGAUAAACUAAACAAUGUCCAUGGAUACAGGAACAUAACAAUCGAAGAAUAAAAGCUUUCGUUUGUUGCUGAGCUGAUUCAUGUAUGCUACGUUAUUUUCGUCCUAUUCGUUAAAACUAAUGAAAAAAUAGAAUUUGGACUGAGAAGGAUGACUGUUUAUAGCUGCUAUAACAUAAUAGUGCAACUUAUCACUACAAUAACAUUAUAUUCUACUAUUUUGCUGUUUAUCUUCGUGGUAUAACAGAUAUAAAACAUCAAAACUCGCCAAUCACAUCUCUUUCCUGUAGCUAAUCGCUAAACAGAAGUCUAAUAGCAUGUUCAUUAUUCCAUCAAACUUUCUGAACAUCUCAGUGCACAUUUAGCUCCUAUUUACUGUUAUGAGAUUUGUGGAGAUUCAUUCAGCCACAAGGGUUUUGGUAAAGUCACGUACUGAUGUAUGUGAGAAGGUGAGGAGGCCUGGAGUGCAGUCAGUGCUCACAUUCAUACAUGUUCAAUAGGGUUCUAUAGCAGGAGAUCUUCCACUCCAACACAUGGAAUGCAGAUCUUCAUGGAGCUGGCUUUGUGCACACGGGCAUCAUCAUGUUGGAACAAUUUCUUUUCACCCAAUCCACUGAAAUCCUGUAAAAUUGGGUGCCUCCAACUUUGUGCUCACAGUUUUCUGAAGAACCUUAAAUAGCUGAAAAAUUAAGGUGUCCUAAUACUUUUGUUCAUAUAGUGUAGAUAAAGCUGAAUCGUUGCUCUGAUGAGAAGCGAUAAAAAGUGGAGGAUGAUUAAGAGCCUAUUAAUAUCCCUGACACAUGAUCAGGGUAUAAAUCCUUCAGCUAUCUUUAUCCUGCUGCAUCAUAUUGUGUUCACAUGCGAGUAACUCGGAAAGCCGUUGGGUUUCAGCAGCUGAUUUUAUUGUCUGUUCACUCGAAAUGAACUCGGGGUAUUUCAGUCCUGUUUGCUUGGUUAGGAUGAAAAGCAAAAAACGAUGGUAAUAAGGAUGCAGGUUUUUCUUCUUUUCGUUUUGAAAAGAAAGAGUAUCUCCGGGCCCUAAUUGGUGCCGCCCGAACCUGAUGACGAGGGUCUGUUAUAUCGCUGUUUAUUUCAUUUAUUUCAGCUAAUUAGUCUGUAUAACUGAGCAAACAAAAAAAGCAAGCCACACAGACACCUCAUGGAGUUAAUAAUACGUAAAUAAAGCCAAAUCACACAAAGCAGUAAAACUAAAAGGAAAAAAAAAAA